AUGACGACGCGCCGACGAGGAUCUGCUCUGGCGGUGUGUGCUGUAAGUCUUCUGUCGUCGACGUGCCUUGCUUUCGCGCCAGCGGCGCACCAGCUCCGUGCUGUACGACCUGUGUCACCGAGAGGGUCGACUACAGCAUGCGGCACAUCAUUGAACCAGGAGGCGCAGCAGCCGACUCGCCCUAGGAAUACACGCAGCCUCCGAAUAUCGUCACGCCAACGGUCGCGUCGCGACGGCCGGAGACGCCUCGGCGAGCUGGAAACCCGUGGUGGCGCGGCAGUGGUGGCGCUUGCCGCGGCGACAGCAGGCACGGGCGGCGAAGGGGAGGGGGAGAGCGGGGUGGCGGUGGAGGCGUCGAAAGCAGAAGAGCUUACCCAAGAGGAGAAAGAAGACGAGAUCAACAAGCUGGUGUAUGUGACCGAGGUCCUGUCUUCGUCGAAGAUGAUGACGAUAGACUCGUUUGGGCCGGAGCAGUCGGCGUCGGCCAGGAGAGGGAAGAAGAGCAAGACCAACAACGCCUCCACGCAAUCGUACUCUACGCCGGAGCCGAUGCUACCGGAGGCGAUCGCUAGGCAGAAGAGGCUUUACGAGAAGAGAAAGUGGCGCCUCAUCGGAGACAACUUCUUCCUCGGCCUCCUGGGCACCGCCGGCGCCUGGGGUUUUUCCCUCAAGGCGGCGUGCAGCUACGGCCUAGGCGCCACGCUGGGCACCGCCUACCUCGUCCUCCUCAGCCGGUUCGUGGAGAACCUCGGCAACGAGAACGCGGACGGGGGCGGGGGAGGGAGGGGUGGGGGGGGCGGUGGCGGGCCGGCGAGACUUGCCCUCGCGGGCUUGCUGGUGCUGAUCGUCUCCAAGAACAAGGAAACGUUUGACUUCAUCCCGGCGGUCUCGGGAUUCCUGGCGUAUCAGAUUGCCACUCUUGUACAGGGCAUCUACACGGACUUCGACGAGCUGGAGGAUGCCGAAGCGGAGACAGCAGCCCCGCGCUAA